AUGGAUAUGGAUACGGAAAUGGGUAUGGACAUGGAUAUGGAUUUGGAUAUGGGAAUGGAAAAGGGAAUGGAAAUGGGCAUGUGUGAUGAUAUCAUUCCAAUCGAUGAUGAUGAAAAGAAGGAGUUGAAGAUGUUAAUCAUUACAAACACAGUUAGUGAUAUCAAACUAAAACUAGCGAAAUUUUUUGAUUUUGGUGAAGAUAUUUUUUACCACACACACAAAGAUUUCAUUAGUCGAUUUAUCAAUGAAUAUAUAGAAGCUGACUCGAACAAAGCUCGACCUAUAAUCAGAGCAUUGAAAAAGAAGAUAAGAACUAACAAUAACAACAAUAAUAAUAAUAAUAAUAAUAAUAAUCAACCAAGAAAGAAAUUAAAGAGAGAGAAUGAGGAAAGUAAAGAUCAAGACGAUUCUGAUACAUCUAACCAGAUGGAAAUUGAAUCUGAUGAUAGUGAAUCAGAUAUUGAAGCACCAAAGAGUUGUUGUCAUUUCAAGUAUCCAAUUCGUGUAGAUGAUCAUUCUGAGGAUAUAGGAGCAUCCUUCCAUGGAGAAUAA